UGCACCUGCCAUUACGGUCCGGUCGCCGUUAAUGCUGACCGUGCCAACCGUUGGCUGCCACCGCCACCGGCGUAUUUAUUAAAAAAGUCAAGAUGGCGGCCGACGGUCAGUUCGAGUACGAAUCCGUGCUGUGUGUGAAACCUGAAGUCAACGUUUACCGGAUUCCACCGAGAGCAUCCAACCGGGCGGUCAGAGCUGCUGAUUGGAAGUUGGAUGCUCCUGAUUGGACGGGCCGCAUGCGUGUGACCGCCCGGGGAAAAGUGGCCUACGUGAAAUUGGAGGACAAAAUUUCUGGGGAACUGUUUGCUCAAGCGCCGGUGGAGGAGUACCCUGGCAUCGCCGUGGAAACCGUCAGUGACUCAAGCCGUUACUUUGUGCUCCGCAUUCAGGAUGACAACGGUCGCAAAGCCUUCAUAGGCAUCGGGUUUGGAGACCGCGGAGAUGCCUUUGACUUCAAUGUUGCACUUCAAGACCAUUUCAAGUGGGUCAAACAGGACGAUGAGUUCACCAAACAGGCCCAGGCUCCAGACUCCACCCCUAAACUAGAUCUGGGCUUCAAAGAAGGACAGACUAUUACUAUAAACAUUGGGCAAACCAAGAAAAAGGACAGGACCCGCCCACAGAGUUCAGGAGGCCUGGGACUCCUUCCUCCUCCACCUGGGGGCAAGCUAGCCCCACCCCCUUCAUCCAAAUCUACCAAUCAUAACACACAACCAUCCACAGGAGGAAGUGACUCUGGUUGUUUGCUAGACCUGGACUCCAGCAACUCCAACUCUGUGGCCCCGUCCAACUCUGCCUCCACGACGAGCUCUGACUUGUGGGGAGAUUUUGACUCUGUAACCCAGAAGUGAAGAGGAACUCAUUCUACCUUCCUCCCUCUUCUCUGUCCCUCUCCUCAAAAUUAUGCAGCACUUUUUUGCUAAUUUAUUUUCCCUAUUCUAGGGGUCCCAUAUCUCUCCCUGCCAAGCAGGGCAACCCCCUCCCAUCCUGUUUGCUUUUGGUCUGAAUUCCUCACAGCACAGUCUUUCUCAGACACAUUCAGAACUCCAGACCAUCACUGUUCAGCAGACUCCUUUCCCUUCUAAUUAUCUAAGCAAUCUAGUGUCUGUAUGUUUGAGUCCCAGCCCUAAUAAUAGAUGUGUAAGAUACUUCAUAGAUAUAUCAGAGGAAGUCUAAUUAUCAUCAUCUCAUGAUUGAAAUCUGGGAGAAUAUAUCCAUGCAUUAACUUGAUGUACAGUGCAGAGAAUAUUUCUUUAAAUAAGUGUACAUAUUGUGUCUGUAGUUAUAAGCGUCGUCGUUGACUUUAUGUUCUGCAGCUUCUCUUUCUCAAAGUCUCAUCGGGACUGACUUUAUGCACUGACGGACAGUCGAGUCUGUUUCUGUGGUUAGUGAUUUAUAUCGAAUCUGCUUUUAAUGCAGGCUUCGACAGAUAUUCAGCUGAAAUUUUUGUGCAGUUUCCCCACUGGAGGCUUUUCCAUGAAAGAGUCCUGUCAGCCAUCAGCUGAUUUACCGCCUGGUUGUGCGCUUCAGCGCUCUCUCGUUGGCUUUUUGCGGCCGUGCAGCUGUUCGCCACGCGUUUCGGCAGCGAUGGGUCACCGGAGCGCUGCGCAUUGUUGUUAACUGUGCACCGAGAUACAUGAAAGCAGGAAUUUUGGAUGGAAGAGGAAGUUGGAAGAAGAAAGAGUGUUUUCAUCUUUGCCUCAAGGGGAAGGAGAGAUGAUUGGGUUUGUGUUAAGUCAUCUCAACUCAGCGCAGCUGCUAAAGCUGCGCCUGAGUCAUGAAGGUCACGACCUCUCUCUUCCUUAAGGAUCCGGUCCGUGUUUCUGCUUUACUUCUUUUGACAGUUUGAUACUUUUUUUUAUGGAGGGGUAGGUGAUCAGGACACAUACCUCAACUAGAGCAUGUUCAAACAAGUUUACCUGUGGAUUAAGAUUAAAUGUACAAAUGUAUUUAUUGCUGACAUUGCAGUAUUGAGAGAGCUGGUCUGUGUCUGAUGCAGUGUGUCAUUGUGAGAUAGAUUAUGUUAUAUCAUAUGUGUUGUGACUGAUGUCAAAGUGCUGUGCUGAUGAAUGUUAGUUGGAGCUCACUGGUUUGUCUGUAUUUAUCUAAAUUAUAUCCAUUGUUUCAAAUCUCACUUGUUGUUUAAAGUCUAAAUGUAUAUUGAAAUAAACAUUACGAG